ACAGAAUCAAUCACCUGGACCAUCAUCAAGACACCUUCUUGAUCCUAAUGUGGAAUGCUGCCAAAGGGCUCCAACCACAUCAAAAUAUGAAGAAACUCAUCGUGGAAGGAUACAAGGGAACAAGAUUUCCAAAAUGGAUCUUGCCGAAUCUGACUGAGUUUAUCUUAUCAACUUUGAGAACUGUAAUUGUCUUCCUGUAUUACGGAAUGUCGUGUUUCUUUGUACUCUCUCCCUACAUGGAAUGCCUGCUGUGACCUACAUUGGAAGAGAGUUCUAUGGUGACAUUACUGAAAGGCCAUUCCCUUCACUCAAAGAAAUUGUUCUCUGUGAUUUUCCUAACUUGCAGGAAUGGUUUGCUGCAGAUGGAAGAGAUGCCUUCCCUGUGUUGAGCAAAUUGAUUGUCAAAAAAUGUCCGAAGCUGACUGCAGCGCCGAUAGUUGAGUCUCUUCAACAUUUGGAACUGCAUAGCUGCAGUGCAACAUUAUUUAAUUCCAUGCAUGCUCUAUCCUCCCUUAAAAUCCUUGCAAUUGAGAAAGUUGCAGACUUGGUAUCUCUCUCAGGAGAAUUUCUCACUAACAAUCCUUUUCUUACUUCUCUGGAGAUCAUCUCUUGCCCCAAACUUUGCUUAUUUCCAUCAGAAUUGUGUACGCUUGCUGCACGGAAGUCAUUAAAAAUACGGUGGUGUGAAGUUCUAUCCUCUUUGCCUCAGGGUUUUCAGAACCUUAAGGCUUUGGAGUCUUUAGAGAUUACUGAUUGUCACAGUAUAGUUUCCAUGACACACAAUGGAAUUGGAGGUCUGAGUUCUCUUAGAAGUUUAUCCAUUGAGAACUCCAGUAAUUUGAUUUCUCUAUCAUUGAGUUUGCAGAAUCUCACAUAUCUUGAGCACUUGACCAUCAUGUAUUGUCCAAGUCUUGUUUCUUUGCCAAAGGGUUUGCAUCACCUCUCUGCUCUUCGCAGUUUAACUAUCAUAAGUUGUCCUCAGAUUUUAUCUCUUCCUGAAGAGUUGCAAUGUCACAACACUGGAUUGCUUAGAAAUUGGGAGUUGUCAUGGGUUAGUAGCCUUGCCGGAGAAACUUGGUGACGUUACUUCUCUCAGAUCUUUGAUAAUCUCAGACUGUCAAAAUCUAGAACAGUUACCAGAAGGUGUGAAACUUCUGACUGCUCUACAACAUCUCUCUAUUCAAGCCUGUCCCAAUCUCG